CUCGUGCUCACGUCACAUACCACAUCCGCUGGACGGUCGACGUGCCGCCGCCGUCGUGUGCCUAGAUGAUACGACGCGUAGGACUGAAGAACAUCGAGGAAUCCGACGAAGGAGAGCCCACGAGCGCGACGUCUUUCUCCCCAAUCAUGUCGCCGCUACCUGUAGUUGUCAACGAGCAACAAUAUCGCGGCACAUCCUCGACGCAAGAUGAAUCCACGCAGCGUCGUCGUGCCCGUGAACACAACCCUCUUGCAGAUUCCAUUGCGCCGUGUAUGGAAUCGCCAUGCACAUCGCCUGCGGUGCCGCGUCUGUACUCGGUUACACAUAGCAGUUCGGAAGAUAUCCUUCUCGUGACAGACAAAGGAGUGCGAAUCCAGCACGGCCCAAUGUCGUUGUCGGGUGAAAACCCUGGCGCCAAUACGCACGACGAACUCUCUCCCGAAGAAGAAAACAUCAACCACAACUCUACACGGUCGUCGUGGUCGUAUCACGACCACCAGCUCCGCAUAAACAAAGAUGACCCAUCGCCACGACCCCUCACACCGGUUCAUUCAGAACACCUCAGCGCAUCAAACGUCCAGCGUCGACGAAACACGAAGGCCCGUAGCACGCCGGAAGGAUCGUUUGCGUCCCUGUUACGGAACUCGUUCUUCGCGUUUCGAUUGAUCUCGUCGAGCCUGGUGUUGGUCGUAGUCGCGACAGCAUGCGUCGUUCUGCAUGAGAUUGCUCCAUCCACGCACCAUUGGUGCGCCAACUUGGCCGACGCCACGAAAUACUCGCACGUCGUGGCCAUUUCGACCCUGGCAAAUGCGAUUCUCGUGAUUCCGGCGCUCCUGCCUUCGUAUUGUGGGCUCUACCGCGUCUCGAAAGCGCGCAAAGUCAUUCGCCGUCCCUUUCUUCAAGUCUGCGAGAUUGUCGUCGUCGGCCAGCUUGUUGUGUACAUCAUCCAGUUCCUCUUGUGGGCGUUCAAAAUGUUCCAAGUGCCGACAUGUCCGGCCGAAGUAUUUGCGCCGUCGGACACCCUCACGCGCGUCGUGAUAUACCUCAAGCUGUGGUCGAUCCUGCCGUGCGGUCUACUCAUAUGGUGGCAGGUCACUAUGUUUUGCCUCUUUCGCACGCACCUCAAGCUCCAAAUCGGCUCGGCCAACGACUCGCGUCACUCGGCCAACCUCAAAGGCUGGCUCAAACGGCUGUUCACGUUGCCGUCGUUUGGCCGGCGGAAUAAAAUUAUCCGACAGCUGCGCACCGACCUCUUCAAAGCGGCUAUGACCGGCGACCUCCCUCUCGCCGAAUCGUUGCUCACCCGGGCCGAGCAACUCCUCGGUCGGGAAUUCGCCGUCCGAAAGCUCUACCACGAACCACGAUUGUGGCUGUGGUCGUUUGCCACGUCGCGCAAGAACCCGCUGCAUGUGGCUGUGGCCCGUGGUGACUGCGCCAUGAUUGAGCUCUUUUUGAAGUUUCGAUUCGACGUCAACGCGCUGGACAAAGUCGCCCGUGUGAAUUUCAACUUUGGGCUGUUCUUCAAGUGGACGAGGUUGUUGGUGACGACACAAGAUUAUCUGCAAGGGGUCAACGAGUGGGUGUUUCUGAGCGUGCUGGUGCCGCCUCUCCAUGUCGCGGUCCAGCAGGGCCAGAUUGAAGCCGUCCGAACACUGCUCAAGCACCACGCGAACGUCAACACGCUCCCACGCGCAUCGUUCUACUGGCAGGCUGCCGUGAAACCUGCGAUAUUCUUUGCCGACCACGUGCAGGUGAUGAAAUUGCUGCUGGCCCACCAGACGAACCACUUGUACGUGGCGACGCAAGGUGCUUCCGUCAUGACGCCACUGCAACGCAAUGUCUUGACUUUCCGAACGGCGCAGUCAACACUGUUGGAAGAGCACGGAUCCGACGUCGCGCUCACGCCUCUGCAUGCAGCCGCUGCCUCCAACAACGCAGCGAAACUCGACGCGUUCUUGCGGCGAGGGGUCGACCCCGACACGUUGGGUGAGCUCGUGACUGGGAUAUACAAACGGACGGCAUUGCAUUGGGCCGCCAUCUCGGGCAGUGCCGCGUGUGUUCUUCGGCUCCUCGCGCACAAAGCCAACCCGGAAGCAAAAGACCGCGACGGUCGAACACCAUUGCACUGGGCUGCCCGCAACAACCACCUCGAGGUGGUCCAAGUGCUAUUGAUGCAAGGGCAGGCGAAUCCGAACACUCUAGACUACGACGGAUCGCCCGUGCUCUACUUUGCCGCUGGAGCAGAAGGCGUGAGUGCCAAAGUCGUGUCUGCGCUGGUCGAAGCUGGCGCGAACCUUGCGUACACAGACGCCCAAGGCAACACUCCGCUCCACAUUGCCCUCAUCAAUGAAAACCGAACAACUGCUGUGUCGUUGCUCCGCAACGGCGCCGACAUCACAGCCACCAACAUGGAAGGCCGCCGCGCCGUCGAUUGCACCACGUCUACAGAGCUCCAGUUUGCCGUGAAAAAGGAAGCUGGCGCUCGCGACGUGAUGAUUAGUUACACCCACGCGCACUCGUCGUUGGCCAAAGGCGUGCGCGACUACUUGUCUGAACAUGCACGCAUGACGUGCUGGAUGGAUACAAUGGAUCCAUCCGGGAUCGGCGGCGGAGCUGUCUGGCGCGAAGAAAUCGCCCGCGGCAUCUUCCACGCCAAGGUCGUGGUCGCCGUCGUCUGCGAUGGAUAUUCUCGAUCCGAGUGGUGUUUGAAAGAAUUGGCGUUCGCACGGCUCGCUCGAACUCCUGGUACGAGCUCCACCUGUAUGAUUUGCAAAAAAUGCUCAUGGACGGUGAUGGUGUAGCGGUCGUUCUGGUCGUGGACCGCCAUGGCAUGUCAAGCGACGUCGAGCGCUAUGUGCCGCCUGAGCAUAUCCUCCCGUUCGAAUCUUUUGAUCCGAAGAAUCCCGUGAUCCCUGACCACGUCUUGACCGUCAUCCGCCAAGCUAUGCACACCAAGCAGUCGAAUGCAGUCGUUGCACUACCUUCGCUGCAGUCGUCCCCGCCAUCGCCGCAGAUGCAGCCGUUGGCUCCUCCGCCGUCGUCUACGACAACGACAUGUUCCAAUUCCGUGCACCAUGCAAGUCCACAUAUUCGUACCGGCAACGCAACCACCGACAACCCGAUCGUGUUUGUGUGCUACACCACGCGAGAGACGUCGAUGCUCGAGCGCAUCGUGGACGCGCUGCCCACCCGUGGAUACGCGGCACGGUUGGCGUCUGCCCCGAUUGCGGCGCUGGAUUUCCAAGACGACUGGGACGCCACGUCGAUGGAUGUUGCGUCGUCGGUCGUGGUAGUCCUGGGGCAGACGUGGAGCCAAGACGAAGCCGCACUCGACGGACUCAAGCGGUUGCUGAGUCGAGCUGCACGAUGCAUGACGCACGUCGUUCCUGUCGUCGAGGGCGGCCAAUGCCUCGACUUUUCCAGGUUGUACAGUCUCUCUCGGACACUCUGGUUUCCGUUUGUGGAUGGCGUCGACUGUCACUUGAGUUUCGAUCACUUGAUGGCGGAGCUCAUGUUGGAAUUGCCCGUCAUGGCGUUCGCGCCAACUGGGAAAGCCGCCAAAUCCAGUCACGGCGGCGACACGUCCAUCCAUUUCUACACCGACACGGCCGACAACGACGGCGACGUCCAUGGAGCAGGGAGGUCCAUCUUCAAUCUCGACAGAGUCUAACGUCUCCACGAUAAAGUCGUACCAUCCGUCGCGGUCGUUCCCACCAUGGUUCGUUUGUGGCGCCAUGUAGCAGACACUUGCCACGAGCUCGCGUCGUCCCUUUCGGUGUCCAAAAACACUUGAGAUCGCCAACGUCGCGGCUGCAUGAACACCUUUGUGAAAGGUCCGUCGGUGAGAGUGUGGACGAGAACGACGCGGGUUGCCAGAAAAGCAGGUCAUGUGCAUGCCGCCAGCGUGAAUCGCCCAUUUUUCCUCGUGCAGGUCGACGCGGGAAUGGCGGCACGAGGUGGUGGGGAAUGCCUUGUGCGCCGCGCAGCCACGAGGCAAUCCCGUUCUGGAUGAAAACAACGUGGAUUGAUGUCUCGAUUGAGCCACUUGGUGGCGUUGUACGACGACGAGAGUCCAGGUUGGCCGUCCACAUCGUCAUGCCACCGGCGGCGGUCUUGAAGAACUUCGCCCACGACGACAUGACUUGGCGGGAUGGGCCAGGGCCAUCAUUGCAACCUUUGCCGAUGCAAAUGCCCAUCGCGAGCUUGUCGGCAGGGACAACGGUCGGCCAUCUCAACAUGACUUUGCCCGAUUGCAGCGCUUUGUUCAUACAUUUUGUACGGCAGCUGUGUAUCAUAUCAGACUCGAGUCCGAUAUCCUCCACCCAGAGAUCGAUGCCUACGUGGGCAUGGGGCGCAAAGUAGUCGGCGACAUUGUAACCAUGACGUUGAUCCAGUCGGUCAGGUUGGCCAGCUCGGACAUGUAGCACCGCAUGGCCGGGGGGCUUGGGGCAGAACGCUUCGACUUCGUGUCGUAGGUUAAUCGUUGGGCGGUGACUUCAUCGGUUUGAAAAGCAGGCGCAUUGUACGCGAGGACUUGGCUGCCGGCACUUCAUUUUCUUCGUCAAGGUCGAUCCCGUCCAAUUUGAACUUGUCGAUCCAUGCCAUCGUUGUCGUCACGAACGCGGCAUACUUGGUGAUCUUCAGCAACUCGAACCGAGCGCCGCCGAUGCUCCCAAGAACGUACAUGCACGUCAAGGAACCCAUCUCGAGGGAGGACAGGAUGGGACUGACUUG